GCGGGGAGACACCGGGCUGCAAGAUGCCGCGCUCCUUCCUGGUGAAGAAGCACUUCUCGGCCAGCAAGAAACCCAACUACAGCGAGCUGGAGAGCCAGGCGGUGCUGGCCGCCCCGCUGCUGUACGAGACGUGUCCGCUGCCCGUCAUCCCCCCGCCCGAGGUGCUCGGCCCCGGAGCCUACUACCCUCCGCUGGUGUGGGACGCGGGGCUGCUGUCCAGCCUGUUCCCGGGCGGCCCGGGCAGCGAGGCUGCGGCCGGCGCGGCCCCCGCGCUGGACCUGACGGCGCUCUCCAGCGAGGAGGAUGAAGGCAAGAGCUCGGGGCCCCCCAGCCCGGCCUCGGCCCCCGCCGCCGCCGAGCGCUUCCGCUGUGCCCAGUGCGCCAAGGCGUACUCCACCUUCGCCGGGCUCUCCAAGCACAAGCAAUUGCACUGCGACGCCCAGGCCAGGAAAUCCUUCAGCUGCAAGUACUGUGAGAAGGAGUACGUGAGCCUGGGGGCUCUCAAGAUGCACAUCCGGAGCCACACGCUGCCCUGCGUCUGCAAGAUGUGCGGGAAGGCUUUCUCCCGGCCCUGGCUGCUGCAGGGCCACAUCCGGACGCACACGGGUGAAAAGCCCUUUUCCUGUACACACUGCAACCGGGCCUUUGCUGACCGCUCUAAUCUCCGUGCCCACCUGCAGACCCAUUCAGAUGUAAAGAAGUACCAGUGCAAAACCUGCUCCCGGACUUUCUCCCGCAUGUCGCUGCUCCACAAGCACGAGGAGACAGGCUGCUCUGGCUCUCGCUGAGGACUCCACUCCCGGGCCUCCCACCAACACCUAGAACUAGUUUCUGUAGGAGUUAGUUUCCUCCAUCGCCACCGCAGCUGGACGCUGCUCCUCCGGCCCCCGGCCCCUCACACUCCUCACUUGGUGCCUCCAGUGCAAUGCAGGAGCCUGAUCAGAGCACGCUGGGUUGGAGGGCACCCCUCAGGAUCAUCGAGUCUGAUUCCUGGCCCCGUGCAGGACAUCCCAAGACCCCCACCGUGUGCCCGGGAGCGUUGUCCAACACUUGCUGAGCUCACACAGGCUUGGUGCCGUGACCACUUCUCCCCCCGGCAUCAGAGUGCAGGGCUGGGCUCGGGGCGGGUGUGUGGGACUCGGGGGUCUCGGUGGUGCCCCCCUUGCCAGAGGCACUCGGCACCUUGCAGGGCAGGACCUGCACCCUCGCUAUUGAACGCUGCGACCAUGUAGCUUGGGGGGUUGGGGCUUUGGGGUUGGAUUUGUUUAUUUUUAUUUUAUUGUUGUUUUUUGGUUGUUUGUUUUUUAACACCAUAACCACUUGGUAACUUUUAAGAACCAGUAUUUUUUUAAUGAAGGACAAGACACCCCCCACCCCGUACCCGAGUGUAUAUAACCCGCCUGUAGAAGGUGUAACUAUGCAAUAAUACAGUAUCCCAGUAGUUGUGAAGCAGCUGCUUCUCCCCAGCACAAUGACAAUUUGCAAUGCCUGCGAGAUUAACAGUGUCCAUGAAAGGCAGGGGUAGCCAUUUCAAACCCCAGCCCUGUUUACAGAGCAGCUAUGCACUCAAGCACCUGUUAAUAUGACUCUUAACAACUGCUUUUCAAGAGAACUGUGACUAAUAGCAGGCACUUGUCAGCUGAUACAAUGGUGGCCUGUCCCAAGGCUGUCCAUCGACAGGUGUGUGCCAAAAGCCCUAUUUAUGGGUAUUGACAGGUGCCUCCUGAAUGCAUCUUUCUUUGGACAUUGUUUUCAUGGAAUCAUUACAAAGAGGAUGUUUACAUUUCAAAGGUACACUGGUAUUUAUAUUUUUGUGCCACAAUUUUGUACUGAUGGAAACUUUUUUAUAUAAUGAUAUACAGUUUAUUGAUAUUCAAUAAAAUCGUUAAUUUAUAA